ACUAUACGAUAUGGUAAUUUCAAAACAUUUAAGGACUUGUAUAAUAAUAGUCUUUUUGUUGAUUUCUAUUUGAAACUCAAGAUUGAACACAUUCGAUCUAAAGAGGGGACAAGUCGCUUUGAGGUUGAUCCAAAUGACGACAUUAUAACAUUAACAAAAAAGAUUGCAAUCCAACUCAAAUUUGAUCCGUCCACACUUAAAAUAUCAAAAGACUCUCAUGGUAAUCUUAUAUACAUAACUUUUGAAGACAGAGGAACCAGGCACUUCAGCAGCUUAGGACCAUUUGAGCCAACAACGAAUACCAGUUCAUCAUCAGCAUUGAAUGUAAAGCAAGAAGCUGUCGAUGAUUAUCUAGAGAAACAGUCUGGUGACUUUAUUAAAUGA